AUGUUCGGUGAAUCUGACUCUGAGAGCCCACGAGUGCCCUCACCAUGGGACACACUCACUUCCGUACCUCCAACACUCACACACAACGACAUCAUUCGACGAGGAAUACCGCAGUUAGUUCCAGAAAAUGAAGAGGGUAAUGUGGAGUACAAGCUUCAUCUCCUUUCCCCUUCCCCCUCUCGCUUCACCCGCCUCGUUACACAACUCAAAUGGCGCCUUCUGGAAGGCGGUGGACAGGCAUACUAUGAGCUUGGUGUCGCUGACUCUGGUGCACUUAUUGGGCUGGGGAGGCGGGAGAUGGAGGAAACAUUGAGUACCCUGGAAGAAAUGGCUGGCGAGAUUGGUGCUAGCGUUAUAGUGGUAAAGGAGAUUGAAGUGCCAGCGGAGGUGAGCGAAGUUGUCGAAGGCUGGGGCGGGGAUGGAGGCAAGCGAAUGAGACAGAGGCAAUUAAUGAACGAGGAUUCAGAGACAACAGCUACGGAGACCGAACUGGAGACUACUGAUGCGGACGAUGAUCUUGCAACAACAAGCAGUCAUGUGGAAGUGUUCUGCAUGGACAAUGAGGAAGUUGAUUCGUCAUCAGACGGUGCGGCACUUACCCUGGACCUCGAAAUUGCGACCGUAUAUAAACCUCGCCCAUUUCGCCGCCGUGUUGCGAGCACUAUACCAGGCCACUCGGAUAGGCGCAAAUGCAAGGGCAAGAAACCUAAGCAUUUGCUUGCGCAUACCCGUGCCCAGCCUAGUUCACAUUCCGAGCAUCAUGCGCAUCACUUGCACCACUCUAAUGAUUACAACCAUAUGGUCCCUGCAUAUGUACACUCCACUGAAUUGCAGGCCCACUCAACGACUAGCAAGCAAUCCAAGCGCCGCGCAGCCAGAGACAAGCGAGGCGAGGUCAAGCGUGAUCCAUAUCUCAUGCACGUUCCAACCAUCAAUUCUGAGGAAAUGAGCGAGUUGGUCUCGGGCCUAGAAUCCUUUCAUAUCACACUUGAGUCUGAGGACUUGCGCAUGACAUUCGCGCCUCCCGAAGUCGGGUCCUCAGUGUAUGACGAUGCAAACAUCGAAGACGCCCAAAUUGUUGAAGCGUGCUCUGGCUCACCCUCUUCUAUCUUUGUGGAAACAUAUCAUCAGCGCCAGUCCAUUGUAAACGAGUUGGCCCCCCCACCUGAGAUCCCUCUGAUUCUAUCUAACUCUCCCACUGUUGAGAUCGAGGCAGCAUUGUUAGAACCUCGGUUGAUCGUCGAGGCACUUGUUGUUCGAAAAAUGUUACUAGAAGAAGCAUUUUUGGACUUCGGAGGAUUUUCAGUGUGUUGA